UUCACAUAGUAUGCACAUUUUGAUCUGAAAAAUGAAGAGAGUACUACUCAAUGCAUCGUGUUUGUUAAUUCUUUUCACUUUUUAUGUAGAUAGUAACGCAUUCCAGUCUCUGAUGCCUGAAGACAUGUACGAAUGCUGUCAGAAGCUGCUGUGCCCUUUAAAUCGUGCUGAAGACUUUUAUAAACUAGUAGAGGAAUUAUCCCCAGAGUUGAAAGAAAAAACCUGGGAAUGGAUCAAGAGUUCUUUUGGCAUUGAGGGGCCAGACAAUACGCUUGAAAACUGGUUUGCAGUUAAAGCUGUUAACUGUGAUUUACCUGAAGACAAAAAGAGAAAACAGUUCAAUGAAUUUUUCCAGUUAGGAGGCGAAUACUGGCUGGACGUUUGUAUAAACAUCUUCUCAGAAAGGUGCAAAAAAGCAGUUGAAGCUGCAGCAAUAGUUACUGAUUACUACGAGGGACAGUUUGUGAAUGGAAAUUGUGAGAAGAGUGGAGGAACGGACCCGAAAAGGAACAAGAGACCAAUGUUUGGAUGAAAACUUGACUGAUCAAUCUUUAAAAAGUUAGAUUUGUAUUGAUUUGUAAUUGUAUUGAUUUAAAAUUAUAUUAAAAAAUUAUU